CCGCGACUCUUGACCGGGACCCUGACUGUGACUGUGAGUACAGCGCUGCAUUCAUGAUCUUCUUGGAAGUUCUUCCAGGUUGUUUGUGAGGGCAGUCACGGGAGCAGCAACGCUCUUAGGUUUUGUUUCUUCAUGUCGAGGGGUGUAGAUUUUUUUGGGACCUCCAGCUACUUGCGGAGUCGCUUGCUGCCAUGACCAUCCUGUGACGCCCGAUGUCAGCAUUAUCUCUCAGAGAGAUAAAAAUGGAAGGGAAAGACAGCCAAGGAAGAGCUGCUCAUGGCUCUCUAUCGCCUGCAGCUCUGCAAACCAACUUGGUGGAUAGUUCAAGGCAGACAGGGGUCUAGCCUUGCAGUUUCUGUGGGCCAAGGCUGCUGGCCCAGACUUAUUGUGGAUUAUUUGGCAUGCAACUCUGUGAGAAGGGGCAGUGAUGACUGAGCAAGCUGCCCCUUGUAUAUAUUACCCUUGCAUCUUGUACUAGACUGCCAACUGAGCUCUCUGCUCAUCUUGUUCGCCUUGGAUUUUUGUACUAUUUUUGUGUCUCUAGAGUCUAGUACUUGGAAGUCGAGAAAACUUGCUGAGCGCAGGUCAGAAUGGAGGGGGAGGGUUUCAAGUGGCGGGUCAAAGGUCGCUUCAUGGCAGCAUUUAACAAGGUGCUCUUUAGGUGCAAAAAGAAGUGCCAGGUCAAUGCUGGCGGUAGCCAACAUAGGAGCAGCAGACCACUGGCAAAACCUAGGCAUGAUUCUUUGUACUCAGACGGCCAAGAAACUGUACUCUAUCCUGGAGGAAGAAUAUUAACCAGUGGACAGGCUCCGCACAGCGAUGCUAGCAUUAGCCAGUCAGAUCUGGGGGACAGCAUUGUCGAAGCGGAUGCAGGGGGUCCGGAAAAUGCAUUGUCUAGGGAGAGGGAUUCAUCUGGGGUGGGGCCCCUGACAGUCCAGGAUGCUGGUCCAUCUUUACCCGGGCAAGCUAGUCAGGCGAUUGUACAGCGGUACGUCGCAAGGGCCCGUGAUCAGGGGGGAAGUCCGCAAGCCGGAGGGCCCCCUCAGGCAGAAAGCAGCAGGGGAACGCUCCCCCUGGUAGAAAGCACGCCUGUGCCCCAAGUAGAAGGCAGCUCCUCAGAAACCGAAGAGCCAGCCGAGGAAAGCGGCCCGGAGUCGCCUCUGGCGUGUCCCCCAGUAGAAAGCUUCCCUGCCCCCCUCCCUGGGAAAGACCUGAACGUCCUGCUGUGCACAGUGGCCACUCACAUGUGGAUUGCGGAGUCGGCGUCCGAGCUCGAGAUGCUGGGCGAGAUGGUGGAUGUCCUGGUGCGCGGGGGGGCCUCGGAAUUCCUGCCCGCCAUCAUCAAGGGCUGCUGGGCCGCCAGCCUGAGCCGCAGCGGUGUGAACCUGCCCCAGAAGGUGGCGCUCUUCUCCAAGAUGGUGCGCGAGGGGGCGCGUCUCCUUUCCCCGGAUGAACUGCACGAGGCUCUCAGGGUCGCGUCAAUGGCGUGCGCCUGCGUGUGGGCCGACAGGGAGAAGGGGGGGCGGUCCGCGGGGGGGUGCCCAGUCAGGGCGCUGCUUGAGGUCAUCAGAGUGCUCAUCAGGGCCGGCGCCAGCAACGUGAACCGCGUCAUGCGUGACGUCAUCUCGUACAAGAUCGACAGCGUGGAGGUCGUGCGCGUCUUCCUGCGGGAGGACCCCACCAACAUUGAUGUCAACCGCGCACUGCGCCACGCCACCGCCUGCUCCAGCCACGUCAACGUGCUGCGCUGCCUCAUCCGGGAGGGGGGCGCCUGGGAGCUCUCCCGACCGCUGAUGCUGGCGGCGAUCAACGGAUUCCUGCCAGCUGUCCAGCUGUUUCUGGAGCACGGGUGCACCGACUCGGGGUCGCUGUACGGGGCGCUGUACUGCGCAGUCACGGCGGGGCAGUGCACGCUGAUCGAGUACCUGUUGGGCGUGCUGCCGCCGGAGCUGGGGCACGACGACCGCUUUGAGCUGCUCAAGUCUGCGGCGGCGGACGAGAGCGCGCUGCAGGGCGUGAUCCACCUCCUGCGGUGCAACAUCAUGGAAAGCGAGUCCCUCACGGUGGCAGCGGCGGACAGCCUGGCGUCUCGGGAGUCCACGCGGCCCGAGCUGCGGGCCGUCCUGCAAAAGCACUGGACGUCCGAAGCGUACGAGAGGGGCCAGGAAGAGGGGCGUCGACACGACCUGAACUAUGCCCUGGCGGCUUACAGGGGUGACAGUGCGUUGCGCUUGCGGGAGCUUCCCGUCGAGUUGCAGGUUGCGAUAGCUUAUCGGGGCCUGUUCGAACGGUGCAGCGAGUCAGGGGGGCUCGUUUUGCCCCAAAGGUUGAAGGGGGAGCUCGUGGUGGCGGUGGCCAGUUUAUACUCGGGGCAAGGGGUCGGGGGACCGGGUGAGGAGAGGUGGAUGCCGAAAGAGGAGCUCGUGAAACGGUUGGAAAUGAGGCUUCCUCGACACGUGUAUGCUUGAGAGACUUGGGAACACUAGCUAGUGGAAUUUGCACUAUUGAGCAAAGGUGUGCGAGUCCUUCAACCAAAGUCGGUCAGUAAGAUUUCAAGGUUUCCUAGUUAGAGAGGGGGCUUCUUCGAGGGCUUCAUUAGUCACUAUCAUCUGAAGUGCCUCUGUCAAGGUCAGUCCCGUCUACGUUUCUUUCGAUGCUGCUUUUGGCUCCCAUAUUGAUUUUGUACAAGACAAAGUGACUCCGACUGUUAACAUGCUGAGCUGCAGCUGUUCGAGCUCUUAUACCCUGUCAGACGGAGAGGUUUAUGUACAUUUAUCGCAUGUGGAAUGUACCGGGUCAUGACUGGCAGCUCGUGGCUCAGG